UCAUAUAAAUUAACUGUGAAUAUAUGAGGACUGAAAACACUUUAUUAACUCCCACAUGGCAACGGAUCUAUGAGCAAAAGCAGCAUGGACUUACACAGGAUAGCUAUUGCCAUUGGUAGAAUUCCACUAGCAGACCAUGGCAGGAAAAAUGUAGUCGGUAAAGUCGAUUUGCAUAGUUGUUCAGUACAGUGUUUUAUACUCCAUCUCACUCACAAAAUUAAGUCAUUCAAUCCAGAAAAUGAAGUCUGUUAUGGACUGAACACUGACCAUAAACAAUGUCUGAGAUGAUAAAACAGAAAUAUAAGGCGCUGCAAGAGUCUUGGUUACAUCCAGACUUGGUUUAUGCCUUCAUUUUUUGAUCUAUAAUAAUAGUCAAGAGCAAGGUACUCACAAUUUCAGAAGAUUCUGAUACCACAGAAAUUAAAAGCGGAAAAAAAAUAGGGAACAAAGGUAAGACAGAGUGUGGAGAGAAAAAAGGAGAUAAGGAGAAGAAUUCCAAACUAAUGGAAUUUCUCCUCUCCUCCUUCUACCCUGCACAAAAGCUAAAAAAAAGAAAAAAAAAGCCCAGCAUGGAAAUAAUCCAUUUUGUACUUCAUCUUCGUUUUCAAGGAAUGGCUGCUCUUAGGAGAAAGCUAACUGUAGUUGGAGAUGACUGCUGUGGUAAGACGUGCCUCCUCUUUGCUCUGUGUCACGAGCAGCUUCCCAAGACCUACGAGCCAACUCUGUUUGACGCUUACACCACUGACACAGAAGUAGAUGGGAAAGAGAUGAAACUAAUCCUCUUCGAUGUGGCAGGGAAGAAUGAAGUCAGUUACCGAAAUCUCCGCUCAGUGUUCUACGAGGACACCGACAUUAUUUUAAUGUGCUUCUCUGUGGACAGGCAUGACUCACAGCAAAACAUCCUUGAUUUUUGGAUUCCAGAAAUCAAAGUGUUCUGCCCCACAGUACCUAUUAUUCUGGUGGCUACCAAGACAGAACUAAGGGGCGAUGAAGGUAUUAAGAAGAAACUAACUUCUCCAGGCAAUGAGCCAAUUAGCACUACAGAAGGAAAAGCUUUAGCUGCCAGCAUUGGGGCAUAUGCUUAUCUGGAGUGUUCUGCCAAGACAAAAGAAGGUAUUGAUACAGCUCUGGAGAUUAUUAGCCAAUGCGCAUUAAAUGAGAAAAGGAGGAGAAAGAGGCACUACAGGCGCUGCCAAAUUUUGUAAGAGGAGUGAAUAUUAUUUUGUUGUUGGAUUUCAUCCUGUGGAAAGCACUUGCAGGCAGAAGACAUGAAGUAAAGGGAAUGCCAACAACCAUGCUCUCAGCUUUGCAAGUCAUUAACAAUCUGGAAAGAGACUGAGAAAUCCUGUCAACCUAAGCAGAAAAUCUCAGAGAGGCACAGAGAUGGACCAAAAUGGAAGGACUUUGGGUGCAUCUCCACACUACUCCUUUCUGUGAAGCACUGAUUGCUGGCAGCCCAAGGAACUGAGUUAUGGACUGACAUUAAAGGCACAGGUCUGGAAGCGGACAAAUAAUGUGACUUCAGGAUUUGAAGACACAUGCUGUAACACAGCGGACAGAGAAACAUUUCAAGAUAAACCCCUUCUGAUCCUGAAGUAAAGGUACAGGGCUAAUUGAGCAUAACCGUCAUGAACUGCGAGAACAUGGAAGUCUAUCACUUUCUUUUGCUGACUUCCUUGGUGUUGGUUUCAUCACUCUGGCAGCUCAGUUGCAGUUUCCCAGGGGGAAACAAAAUAAGAAUAAGCAUAAAUUUUUAAACCGAUUAUGCCACCUGGAGCUGUACACUUAGCAAGCCAGCUUUUCCAGGUGAAAGACCUAGUAAAAUACACACUUGAUUUUUUUCUUACCCAUUCUUCCCACCAGUAUUUGUCUAUUGAUGGUAUCACGGGUAGAAAUACUGGGGUUGGCCAAGUAUUCAUGACUGGAUGGGUUGCUGCUUUCCUUCUACAUCACUUUUUAGUAACAGUUUUUAAGUCCACAAUCACACUGUGGCAUAAUAACAAAUGCUUCAAAGACGACACUUUACAUUUCCAAAAGUACCUUUCUUCAUAGAAUCUCUGAGCACUUUUCAACAUGAAUUACCAACGCACCUCUUGGUGAUAAGUAGGUGUUAUUUCCUUUUUCAAAACGGAGAAGCUUAAACUGCUGCCUAAAGUAACUGUGAACCAUCUACUUCUUGGAGCUUUCUUUUUCUUGACUUGUUUUCCAUGCCCUUUCCCUUUUGCCUCCUGGACCAUUCUUAACCUCAAUUUCCUCUCCUCUCUGCUUGUGAUAAUCCCCUCAGUGCAACCUGAUCUAGUACCCAAACUUUAAAACUCUUCUCCCUGUGCAACUUGGAUGUAAGUGUGUGCUGUGCCUAAGUGCUCUCCUGAUUCAGCUGGUAACGCACAUUAGUGCAUUUCAAAGAGCUGUAUUUAUGUAGAUAGGUUUAAAUUGUUAUUUCCAUUUUAUAUGUGUAUGUGUGGGUGGGGAGGAUUAGACUGCAGAUAAGUUAAAGAACACAGGUGUCUCAGGUGCCUCUGAUGUGGGGUAUUGAAUUGGAGAGAGGCAGUUUUGCAAAGAUGCUAACCACUUACUGCUCCCAUUACUUGGAAAGUUCAGACCAGUUUGGAGAAUCUGAGCUUUCACUGCCCGUUGCUUAGUGGGACACUGGUCAGCUCAUUGACUGGUGUCUGUUUUCAAUCUAAACAAACAAGUAUUUUCCUCCAGAAGGGCGCUUUGUUCAAGAUAAGGGUAACUGGUUUCACUCCCAGUAUUCACUGUAUGUAUCUCUAAAUUAAACUGUUGUUACACUGA